AUGGUGAAGUUAUUUGGUUUAGGAUCUGAACCAGUGAUUGGUAUUUUGAAUCCUUCAAAGAAGAGAGAGUAUAGAGUUACCAAUAGCCACCAAGAGGGCAAGUGUCAUCUAUAUGUUGUCGUCUUCAACUUUAUAAACUCCCGUUACGUCAAUGUUUUCGCCAUUGUUGGUAGCAAACGGGUUACUAUUUAUCAUUGCCUUGAAGGAAGAAUUAUUUCUGUAUUGCAGUCUCAUGUAAAGGAAGAUAAAGAUGAAUCUUUUUACAUAGUAAGUUGGACUUGUAAUCCUAAUAGUUCUCCAUAUGUUGUAGAUGGUGGAACCACUGGUGUAAUUCGGGUCAUUGGUGCUGGCAAUAAGAAGAUGCAUAAGAGUUUAGCUGGCCAUGGGGACUCCAUAAAGGAAAUCAAGACCCCAAACUUUGAGGCCAUUACUGGUAAUAUCUGCCGACAAAGAUGA